UGAGAUUAUAAAUAAUCCGUUUCUUAUCACAUAUUUUCGCACGUUGGCGUUGAAAGGAACUGAGUAUGACGACCGUUGUUGUUAAGAUGAAAAUGAUGUUCAGAACUGUUGACGUAUGACGUCCCUACUAUGCAUAUUUAGCAGAGCAUUUAAAGUAUUGAUAUUGCUUUAAGUAUGAAUGAAAAAUCAAUAUCAUGGGAAAACCGAAAACCAUAAGAAAUGCACAACCGGACAAAUUAGAGAAAAGUUGCGUAUUUUUUGGAUUAGUAUUUAUUAAAGUUCCGAAAUUCACCAUAUUUGGUUUUGAUUUUGUUCUGACCUUGGUUGAAAAGGCACUUUUUAAGUUCACAAAAUGGUGCCCACAGAUUUUCACUGCAACGUUUCGUCUUUGAGAAACCAUCAUCAAAUUCAUAUUUUUAUAUGGACCGGAAAAAAGGGACGUACAUUUGCUGCGUUAAUACAAAAUUUCCUCGAAAUAUGUUCAACGCUAAAUGAAGAGUUUAUACCCGCCUACAACACUCCGGAAGGGAGGAAAGCAUACGAUGACACACUACGAUCUGUAAACGAGAAUUUUCCCCAGUACAUUAAAGAGUUGGAAGGUACAGCAGAUGGUGCCAAAGUUCCUUUUUAUAAGCUCUUCCUGCUGCACAUGGACAGGAUAAUAACGGUAGCGGCGGGAAUUGAAAAUGAAACCUUGCCUGUUGGGUGUUCAUCGAUCUGCCUCAAUCAAGGAGAACAGGAAAUACUUGGACACACCGAAGACGCAAUCAGCGAAAACCUUAAUCUCUACUACUUUGUGUCCGCCCACAUAGUAACAGACCGACCCCAAGGAAAGUGGAGCACCACAGAGGAAAAAUUUACUUCGCUUUGCUACCCUGGACACUUACCCGGUUAUACCAUGAGCUAUAACCACCAUGGCCUAAUAUUUUCGAUCAACACACUUAGCGCCACAUUCGUUCAAGCGGGAAGGACACCACGCCACUUUUUGACACGCGCGCUUUUGUCGGCCGAAAACUUUUCGCAAGCCGUACAGAUAUUGAAAGACCCCGGAUGCGGGGCGGGCGAUGGGUGCUCAGUCAACUUAAAGUUUGUUAACGACAGUGAUAGACUAUUUUACAACAUUGAGAUGGGGCCAGUUGUGGCGGACGAUAUGUCGCAACUUAACGUGGCGGUCGCAAGUCCUGGAGAAAAUCUAAUGCACUGUAAUAGGUACCUAAGGUUGGCAAUUCCUGAAGAGACUGGUCCAAUGAGGGACAGCAGCGAUGCAAGAUUAAGAGUUCUAAAUGAAUAUCCCAAGGCGCUAAAGAAAAGUGACGUAAUCAAAAUGCUUUCCGACCAAACAGAUUCGAGAUACACGGUUUUUCAAGAGACAAACAUUCAAACCAUUGCAGUUGGCAUAUUUGAUUGUCGCGAAAAAACAUGGAGCAUCUACUCAGACAAAGCGAACCAGAAUGAACCGCUAAUUGUAUUACCACUUGUGUUUAAACGUUAAAAGUUUAUUACAGUAUUACAGUUCCAACAAUGUACUAAUUAUAACAAAAAUAAAGAUACUACCAUCUCGACAG